UGCUACUUUAGUAUAUUCUCGUUCGGCCACACCACAUAAAUAUUUUUUAAUUUCUAGUUUUUGAGAUUUUUUAUACACACAUUUUUUUAUUGAAAAUGCAGUCUUCGUUGCUCACACCCUUAAGACAUGGAAGAGUUGUAUCCAAUAUGUUUAGUUUGGGCUUAACAACGUCCUCCCCAAGGCUUGCAUAUGAUCGAAAGGUAUCCACUUCCAGCGCAUUGCACAAAGAAAAUACCAAAUCUUUUAAGAGGAAAUUUGAACAAAACAUUGUUUUGGUUGAUGGCGUUCGAACACCUUUCUUACAAUCGUUCACCGACUAUUCGAAGCUAAUGUCAUAUGAGUUAGCACGCCAUGCUUUGAUAAGCCUACUGGACAAAACAAAUCUAAGCAAAGAUGUUAUUGAUUACAUCGUUUAUGGUACAGUGAUACAGGAAGUGAAAACUUCGAAUAUAGCUCGUGAAGCGGCAUUAAGUGCUGGCUUUAGCAACAAAACCCCUGCACAUACAGUCACAAUGGCCUGUAUUAGUUCGAAUGUGGCUAUAACCACUGGUAUCGGACUUUUGGCCACAAACACAUACGAUGUCAUCGUUGCCGGUGGUGUCGAAUUUAUGUCCGACGUUCCUAUUCGGCAUUCGCGUAAAAUGCGUAGUCUACUGUUGAGAGCUAACAAGGCAAAAACGCCAGUACAAAAAUUGGCUUUGCUUUCUACUUUGCGUCCGAAUUUCCUUAUUCCCGAAUUGCCAGCUGUAGCUGAAUUUUCUUCUGGAGAAACUAUGGGCCAUUCUGCGGAUCGUUUGUCUGCAGCUUUUAAGGUAUCUCGAAAAGAACAAGACGAUUACGCCGUGCGUUCACAUACUUUAGCAAAACAAGCACAGGACAAAGGGUAUUUCACUGACAUAGUUCCUGUUAAAGUGCCUGGCAGCACAAAAUUCAUUGAAAAAGACAACGGAAUUCGUGUUUCCACGCCGGAAAAUUUAGCUAAACUGAAGCCUGCAUUCGUUAAGCCAUAUGGAACCAUCACAGCAGCCAACGCUUCAUUUUUGACCGAUGGUGCAUCUGCUUGCGUAAUUAUGAAAGAAGAGACUGCGAAAAAGUUAGGUCUUCGUCCUAAAGCGUACUUACGGGAUUUCUUGUAUGUAUCACAAGAUCCAGUUGACCAAUUGCUUUUAAGUCCUGCCUAUGGUAUCCCGAAACUUUUAAAACAGACUGGUCUUACUCUGAAAGAUAUUGAUACUUGGGAAAUCCACGAAGCUUUUGCAGGUCAAAUUCUGGCGAAUCUGAAAGCAUUAGAUUCCGAUUGGUUCUGCAAAAACUAUAUGGGACUUAGUGAGAAAUUCGGCUCACCAGAUAUGAGUAAAUGGAAUAACUGGGGUGGUUCGUUAUCUAUUGGCCAUCCAUUUGCGGCUACCGGUGUGCGACUAUGCAUGCACACAGCAAAUCGUUUGGUGCGUGAAGAUGGUCAACUGGGUGUCGUGGCUGCUUGCGCCGCUGGUGGUCAAGGUGUCGCCAUGCUGCUGGAGAGAUAUCCCGGAGCCACUGCAGAUUAAAGAAGCAUUUACACAUUAGGUCAAUAACCGUACAUGAAACAGAUGUUGCCUUUAGUAACUCACAUCUAGACGUAGGUAGAAAAGUGUUAAAAUUUUUUAAGAAAUAAUUGAAAAUACAAGACAUGUAAAAAUGAUUAAAAUACGAUGUAAUGUGCGCCAAUUCCUAUUUUUGAAAUAAAAUGAAACUCCCGAAAAAUCGAAUGUAUGCAUAUAAAAUAUAUAUAUAUAUGAAUUAACUUUUAUGUGGAAUAAAUAACUCCCAUUUUUACCAAACCAUA